GACUUAGCUAACGAACUCAACCAGUUGUUUUAAAACAAUUCAAAAUGCGGGUUCUACUCCUAACAAGUAUACUUUAUACAGUGCAGUGUUAUGUAAGCGGUGCACAAGUGAGAGUGGACCCCCUGGUGCUGAUAGACCAGGGUCUGGUGAGAGGUCAGAAAGCCCUGGAUGGAGACUACUCUUCGUUUUUGGGAAUACCGUAUGCCCAAGUAGAUGCAGCUAACCCUUUUGGGCCAUCACUACCAGCCCCGAAAUUUGACAACAUCUUCAACGCAAGCAACGGGGACAUCGCAUGCCCUCAGCCGAGUGCUGGCUCGCAGUCGCUGGACUGUCUGCGGCUGAACAUCUUCGUCCCGUCCAAGGCCAGCGUCAAUCACCCACUACCCGUCUUCAUCUACAUCCAUGGAGGAGGCUUCAGGGAUGGAUAUGCCUCCAAAGACUCUCCCACGGGCCACAAUCUAGUCGCCCAAGACAUCAUCGUGGUAUCCAUCAACUACAGACUAGGACCUUACGGCUUCUUGUGCCUCGACAUCCCCGAGGUACCAGGCAAUCAGGGCCUCAAGGAUCAGUACACGGCUCUUCAAUGGGUGAAAAAGAACAUCGUCCAUUUCGGAGGGAAUGCAAAUGACGUGACUAUAGCGGGAGAGAGCGCUGGGGCGGCAGCUGUUGUGUACCAGCUGUAUGCUGACAAUGAGAAGUUGUUUAACAAAGUGAUAGUGCAGAGUGGAGCGCCGCAGUCCCCUGGCCUUCUAGCUGAUGGGGACACAGCAGCCGCCCUCAAGUUGGCGCGGCACCUCGGCUACGUAACAGAUGACAACAAAAAGGCUCUAGAAUUCCUCGCCAAUACUUCCUCAGACUUAGUCAUUGGAGCAAUGGACGCAACAGGGUUCAACGUUCUGCCAUGUUUCGAGAAAGAAUUCGAAGGAGUUGAAAGUUUCAUUCCUGCUAAACCUUUCGCUUUGACAGCACAAAAGAAGGUCAAAAACACACCGGUCCUUAUCGGCACUACCAGCUGUGAAACCUGUGGUUUUUUUUCUCCAGACCCUCUUUACAUUGAAAACAAUCUGAAGGCCUUCAAACUUUCAGAGGAGGAAUUGAGGGAAGCUACUGAAGUUGUGAAGCAUUUCUACCUCGGGGACGACCCGGUAAGCGAGGCAACCGCAUUGAGUUUGGACCUUUUCAACUCUGACUUUGGCUUCGUGAAUCCUACCGAGUUGGCGGUGAAGCAGCUGUUGAGUGAAGAGGCGGGUCCGAUAUACCAGUACGUGUUUAGCUUCGUGAGCGAGCGAGAUGGAGACACCGCGGGCGCCACGCACGCCUCGGAGCUCAAAUACGUCUUCGCUGACGGAUACGACAGUUUCACGGAUGACGAGAAGACCGUCUCUGAUCAUUUUACUUACCUGUGGUCGAAUUUCAUCAAGUAUGGAAACCCGACUCCAGAAUUAUCAGAGCGAGUGCCGUUCACGUGGCAGCCUGUGACGUCACAGACACGGCCGUACGUCGACAUAGACGUGGCCGCGACGGCCCGGGCCCGCUUCCGAGGCACCGCCAUGGCCUUCUGGGAACUGUUCUACAAACGAUUCGGGUUACAAGCUGUUUUAUAAGCAAAGGGAUGCAAUAAAGACAUUGGCAA